CCAAAUGGCAAAGCAACCUUCCGAUGUAAGUUGUGAGUGUGACAGAGAAGGUGGACAAUUGCAGCCUGCCGAGAGGCCUCCUCAGCUCAGGCCUGGGGCCCCUACCUCUCUACAGACAGAGCCCCAAGGUAAUCUCGAAGUCGAAGGGGACCGCUGCCCCCAAGGCAGCCCUCAGGGCCCGCUGGCCCCACCGGCCAGCCCUGGCCCAUUUGCUACCAGAUCCCCGCUUUUCAUCUUUGUGAGAAGAUCCUCCCUGCUGUCUCGAUCCUCCAGUGGGUAUUUCUCUUUUGACACAGACAGGAGCCCGGCACCCAUGAGUUGUGACAAAUCAACACAAACCCCAAGUCCUCCUUGCCAGGCCUUCAACCAUUAUCUCAGUGCAAUGGCUUCCAUGAGGCAGUCUCAAGCUGUACCUGCAGAUAUGCGCCCGGAGAUCUGGAUUGCACAAGAGCUGCGGCGUAUCGGAGACGAGUUUAAUGCCUAUUACCCAAGGAGGGUCUUUCUGAAUAAUUACCAAGCAGCCGAGGCCCACCCCCAGAUGAUUCUCUUACGACUGCUACGUUACAUCGUCCGUCUGGUGUGGAGGAUGCAGUGACAGCAAGUUCCUUGUGGAGUUGAGAUGUGUGCAGACAUUUCGCUUGUUCAAGCCAACAGGCCCAGCACCACGACUGUUCGGUGCCAUUGCUGUGCAGCCGGCUGACGGUUCCUGAAAACACCCAGAAACCCAGAACACGUGGACUUGACCUUCCUGUUCAUCACCACGUGGCAGAAUUUCUUACGGAAGUUUGUUGUGAAUGUAAACGAGAGAGGAUUCUUCUUUUUUAAAAAUGUACAAAUCAUGGUUCUUUGGAGCAGGAUUUUAUGCAAGAAUGCUGUUUACAUGUGAUGCGGUGGUUUUUUUUUUUUUUUCCAGCUUCUUUAAUAAGAACAGGUUUUUCAGAAAGGAAAUGGAAACUUUUUAACCAACUUGUGAAUAAUUUUUGUACUAAAAUUUUAAGAACCGAAUGCCUACUCUCAGAGGAUUAUGUAAACUCUGCAGU